UCAUCUAUCCACUUCUUGUCCGCCUUGUCUGCCUUGUGCCGGGCCCGCCACGGUGGGGUGGUCCUUGCCGCCCGGCCGUUUCUUCGCUAUGGCCUGGGCCGUCGCCUCGCUCAGCGCCCUUGAGGCGGCGCGGAACUCGUCGCCCUCGAAGGCCUUGGUCGUCACCAUGGCCAGGCAGGUACGCACACCAGCACACAGGUCCUCUCUGAGAGGACAUCGCGAAGACAGGCGAUGAGAUGAAUAUCGUGGCUCCUUCAUUCGCUUACCUUCCGUUCCACAUGAGGCCUUUGAACGUGUGGGCGCUCGCGAAGAGGUUGGUCCCUCGCAUCGACCAGCCGCGGCCCACAAAAGGCGCCUUGGCCUCGCCCUUCCACCGAUGCGGCUGGGGUCCAGGGAGCGGGAGGCGUCGAUGACUUUCGGCAGGAACGGCACCUUCUCGCUAAACAUAACGUUGCCCAUCUUCAGGUCGAAAUGGCCCUUGCCCGCGGCGUCGAGUUUGGGUUGAUACGCUCCAGACAAAUAUAAAAUGUAGACAACGAUAGUCCAUCAGCAC